AUGUCUGGCGGCGUCGAUUCUUCCGUCGUGGCUAAACUGCUCUCUGAAAAGGAUUACGACCUUUCUGCCGUGUAUAUGCGCAACUGGGAUACUCGUGACGAGUCGGGCACUGAUGGUGGUUGCGAAUGGAAGAAGGAUUGGACAUAUGUGCAGAAAGUUUGCAAGAUCUUGGACAUCCGAUGCGAGAUGAUCGACCUUUCCCGUCAAUACUGGAACGAUGUCUUCGAGCCUGCACUGCAAAUGUGGGAGAACGGUGAAACCCCAAACCCGGACGUUUGGUGCAAUAAGGAAGUCAAAUUCGGCGCCUUGCUGGAUCGUAUGGCCAGCCGGAACAGUUGGAUUGCCACAGGCCACUAUGCCGAUAAAUCCUGGUCGCCUACACCUCGCCUUCUAUCUUAUAUGAUCUCCGGUAAGAUGGCAACAGCCCGUCCCCAGCUAUUGCGAGCGAAAGAUAGGACGAAGGAUCAAACAUACUACCUGUCCGCUAUUCCUGAGCCCAGCCUCGCUCGUGCCAUAUUCCCACUAGCGCCAUAUACCAAAAUGGAGGUGCGCGCACUGGCAAAGAAAUGGGGCUUGCCUACUGCCGAAAGGGAGGAGAGCAUGGGUAUUUGCUUUAUUGGAGAGAAGAGAAGAUUCGAAAACUUCGUCUCACAAUAUAUCCCGCCAAAGCCAGGCCCAAUGAUUGAACUUAUAUCGGGAAAGACUGUUGGAACUCAUCAAGGGCUGUGGUCAUACACUAUUGGUCAAGGCGCGCGCUUAAAGGGCAUGCACCAGAAGAUGUUCGUGGCGAAGAAGGAUAUUCAUCAAAACGCAGUUUACAUCGUCCCUGGCCCAGACCAUCCAGCACUCUACUGCAAAGGAAUUGUGGCUAAGGAUUGGCGAUGGAUCUGGCAAAAUGAUCCACCUCCAGGGAUAGACACAGAACAUGGCUUCCAUGGCCGCAUUCAAAUCAGGCACUGUAUGUUGGAUGUCCCGUGCAUUGUACGAAGGGAGAAGGAUGAAAGCACGAUGCACAUCACGUUUGAAGUCCCAGAAAAGGGUGUGGCUUCUGGGCAAGUUGCGGCGGUUUGGAAUAGAGACUGGUGUCUUGGCUGCGGAAUCAUCUCUCAGACGUUCUGA